AGUAUGAAUUUCCUUCCGAAUGGAAAUCAGGCGAGGGCCUGCGUUCGAUGGCGUUUUGUUUUCCCACCGUGAAUGAGUUGCUUCUCGUUUCUAGCUCGCGUGGAUUUCGCUUCGGCAAAAAAAGUGUGCGAAGGGCGCACAUGUCGAGUUUCUCAAGGGUGCGAUUUUACAAAAGUUUUCAAAGAUUGCAGGGAGCGAUUUGUGGAAAGUUGAAAUCGAGGGAGAUUCGUUGCUAUUAAGCCUCAUUUCGGAUGAAUUUAUAAUGCGCGAGGAUUCACUCGAGCAUCGCGCAGGGACUUUUCCCUCCCUCAGUCAGUGGUGGGAUUUCAGUCGAGCCGGAAUCGCAAUGGACAGGAACCAGACGGCCUCGCACAGGCAGAUACUGGACGCGAACGUCUCGGCUUUGAGAUUCUUUGGAUUCUGGGCCCCGGGUCCGGGGUCUCCGAGGCUCUGGAAGCUGCUCUAUCCGUUCUACAACAAAAUCAUGCUCGCCCUCAUGUGCUCGUUCGCCGCCACGAUCGUUGCUGAUCUGUGCACGAACUACGGAGACUUGAUGAUACUGACUGACGACGGUUGCUUCAUCGCGGGUGUUUCCGUCGUAAUUUUCAAGCUUUUCAACUUCCAGGCACGUCGCGAGAGAAUCGAUCGUUUGAUGAGCGCGAUUCACGAGCCCGUAGAAAUACUGCGUCGCUCGUCCGACGAGGCGGUCGUCAGGCUGGUCAAGAGUUUCGUUCUUCACGAGAAAACGACGGUUUACUUUCUCUCGAGCCUCGGAGGUUUUCUCGUGUUGGCUUUGCUGCUGUUCGUCCCAACGGAAAACGGAUCGCUGCCCAUCCGUGCCAAGUACCCUUUCGACUCGAGGGUCAAACCGAUGCACGAAAUCGCAUUUUUCAUUCAGGCAUCAGCAGUGACGACGACGAUCGUUGCGAUAAUGGCGAUGGACACUAUAGUCAUAGGGUUUUGCAGGUUCACGCAUCUCCAGCUCCAAGUUCUGACCUCGAAUUACCUCAAGUGUAGAAACUCUUCGAGUGAGCGCGGUUCCCUCGAGCUGAGGAAGGGCCAUUCGGCGACGAGCUUUUUCAGACCGCAAGAGGACUUUGUCAUCCGUACUUUCGUCCCAUUUCAUCUCGGGGAAAUUAACGAGACGGAGGACAGUUUUACAAAGCGUUUCAAAACUUGUGUCAAGCACCAUCAGCGCUUGUUCGAAAUCGUCGAUGACAUCAACGAGCUCUUCGGCUCGAGCAUGCUCGUUCAACUGUGCGCGAGCUCCUCCAUGAUUUGUCUCACUGGCUUCCAAGCGGUGCUCGGGGCUAAGGAGAGUGCAAAUUUCAUGAAAUUCGCUCUCUAUCUCGGCGCUGCCUUCUCACAACUGCUGUGCUGGUGUUGGUUCGGCAAUAAACUCAUCUACCAGGUGAUCGAUCACUUAACGCCCGAUCAUCCAAUCCCUCGAACGAAUAAUUUCGUGUCGAUUAUUUUUAACACCGUGAAGAGCGAUUCUCUGGCAUUGAGUCAAUGGUUCUCGGGAUGGGAAGACGAGACAAAUUAUUCUUCGCUUGCCGCCCUGAUCGUCGUUUCCUUGAUCCGGACACGCAGACCGAUGAGCUUGACAGCUGGGAGCUUCUACACGAUGUCGAUGGAAACUUUCAUCGCGAUACUGAAGAGCAGUUAUUCCUUCUUCGCACUUCUAACGACCGUGAACGAAGAGACCUAGAAAUCGCCUCGAGCUUCGACCGAGGGUUUUAAACCACGGCGAAUUUGUGGCAUCCUCGAGCAAGCGAAUAGUCGGUGCAUCGAUAUUUCAUUGUAAAUAGUGAAGUUCAUUGCUCACCGGUAUCUCCACAUAACGAAGGCGCUGACGAAGACGAUGAGGACGAAAAAGCUCGCACCGACGGCUCCGAUCAUGCAGGUCGGACCGCAACCACCGUCCGAAGCUGCUGGAACAGCGACAACGCUUUACUUCGAAGGACUUUCCCAAAAUUUUUCGUUCAACGACUCCAUUAUUUUUUCAAACUUUCAGAAAACGAAUAACAACAAUCGAGGCAACCUUUUUCGCAUUAUUUCUGAUCGGAGUCACUUCCAAAUCUUGGAAUCGC